AUGCCCAUGCACGAGGCCAGCGACGUGACCCAAUACGUGCAGGAUUUCCCUCCCGAUGGGGACGAACAGGAGCUGCGCGACCAGCUCGAUGGCUGCAGGGCGGUGAUCCUGCGCUCAGCCUGCGUGCAGCUGGAGCUGCGUCCGAACCGCAAAAACUUUGCCAAGCCAAACUUUGUCACUCUCUUAGUUGAGUACUGGAAAGACAGUGUGGCAAUCUCGUCCCAUGCCAGUAUCACGCCCCGAGCGGUACACGUGCCGGAGCCCAAUGUGACGCCAAGAAAUGCGAGAGAGGAAAUGGUUGACGCGAAGCAGAAGAGAACGAGGGAGGAGGAGAAGACGCCCAAGAAGAAGAAAGCCAAAGUGAUGGAGCGCAGUGGCGACCUCUUUGAAGAGAAAGUGGGGGCGAUGGCGGCGUCUCUGGAGAAAGCCAAGGUGGUCAAGGAGUGGGCGUCGGCUAUCGAGAUUCUGUCGCGUGUGGACGGAAGCGCAGAGAGCAUCGCUCUUUUCCCCUCUCCUGGUUUUAUACCGUUCAUUAUCUACAAGCCGAUUCAACCGCAGAGGAAGCAGAAAUUACUGGCAGGAGACGUGAGUUUGACUCGACAGGAGAAUGUUGCGACUUCUGCGAUUAGGACGGAGAACUAUGUCAGAGCUGCAACUGCGACUGCUGGAGAAGAACGAAUGAUGCGCGACAAUGACGGGAACUCCAUACGUUUAUUGCUCAAGAUGAAUUCCCGCAAGAGUGGACUUUAUAAACAAAGGUAUUUGAAAAUGUGA